UUAUUUCAAGCUCUUUGAUUUGUUCAUCCGCGAGGAAGUCCAAAUGGCCAGGGACGUUGCCGUGAAAUCUCUGUGGAGGAGAUGCCCAAGCCUUCGAUUCGCUUAUCCUAUGAGAAGGGGAACCCUUCGCCAUUGCUCAUCAUCAGCUUCAUCCAUUGACCUUCAAAGCAAUGGUGGGAACCGACGGGAGGAGCCCUAUGUACCGGUCUUGAUCGUUGGGGCUGGACCUGUUGGCCUCGUUCUCUCCAUUCUUCUCACCAAAUUAGGGGUCAAAUGUGGGGUGAUAGAAAAGAAUAUGGUUUUCUCUCAGCAUCCACAAGCACACUUCAUUAACAACCGAACUAUGGAGCUUUUCUACAGAAUGGAUGGUCUAGCAGAGGAAAUAGAAAGGUUGCAACCACCUGUUGAUUUAUGGAGGAAGUUCAUAUAUUGCACUUCUCUUUCUGGUUCCAUUCUUGGUUCAGUGGAUCACAUGCAGCCUCAAGACUUUGAAAAGAUUAUCAGCCCUACUUCUGUUGCACACUUCUCUCAGUACAAGCUGGUUAGAUUGCUCCUUAAGAAGCUAGAAACUCUUGGAUUUUAUAUUUGUGCCCCAAAUGAUUUUGAAAGUUUAAAUCACAAAAUAAUAUGCGAAAGGAAGAUUUUGAUGGGCCAUGAAUGUCAUUCAGUCAAUUUUACAGACAAGGGUGUCACUGUGGGAGUUUCUUUUCUUGAGGGAGGGAAAAUUGUAGAUAGAGAUAUCCACUGUGACAUCCUUGUGGGUUCAGAUGGUGCCAGAAGCACUGUGAGGAACCUAGUGGGCAUAGAUAUGAAAGGUGAAAGAGAUUUGCAAAAGCUUGUUAGCGUCCAUUUCUUGAGCAGAGAUCUUGGACAGUACCUUCUUCAUGAACGGCCUGGAAUGUUGUUUUUCAUAUUUAAUCCGAAGGCCAUUGGUGUUCUUGUUGCUCAUGAUCUCUAUGAAGGGGAAUUUGUGCUACAGAUACCAUACUAUCCUCCUCAGCAGAUGUUUGAGGAUUUUGAUUUCAAGGUAUGUGAGCAAAUAAUUUCUAAUUUGGUUGGAUGGAAUCUAGCAGAUGUUCAAAUUCUAGAUGCAAAACCAUGGGCAAUGCAUGCGGAAGUUGCUGAAAAUUUUGUUUCAUUUGACAACCGAGUUAUACUAGUUGGUGAUGCUGCUCAUCGGUUCCCUCCUGCUGGUGGUUUUGGAAUGAAUACCGGCAUUCAGGAUGCCCAUAAUCUAGCAUGGAAAAUAAGCUCUCUAUUAAAUGGUAUUGCUCCAUGGUCAAUUCUUCAGACUUACGAAACGGAGCGUAGGCCUAUAGCCAUUUUUAACACAGAAUUGAGUGUUCAGAACUUUAAAGCAGCUAUGGCAGUCCCGGCUGCACUUGGCCUUGAUCCAACUAUUGCAAACUCAGUGCAUCAAGUAAUGAAUAGCAGCAUCGGUUCCGUUCUACCUUCCAAAUUGCAGAAGGUUGCUUUGGAGGGCAUUUUUUCAAUUGGUCGUGCCCAACUCUCUGAAUUCUUGCUGAAUGAAAAAAAUCCCCUUGGAUCUUUUAGACUAGCAAAACUGAGGAGAAUAUUCCAGGAAGGAAAGAGCCUCCAGCUUCAAUUUCCUGCUGAGGAUCUUGGUUUCAGAUACUAUGAAGGAGCUCUUGUGGCUAAUGCGGGGCAUGUCCCACCUCAAGGUACCGUAGAAUCUGAUGGUAAUUCUAACAGACAGUUGAGGAAAUAUGUCCCCUCUGCAAAAACAGGUUCACGCUUGCCACAUAUGCAACUGCAUGCGUUGAAAUCUUCAAAUGAGGAUUGCUUUUCUACAUUGGACCUAAUCUCUGGAGAUAAAUUCGAAUUUGUUCUUGUUAUAGCGCCAAUAAAACAGUCAUAUGACCUUGCACGGAUUGCUUUAAAGGUGGCAUCAGAAUUCAAAGUACCCCUCAAGGUUUGUGUGAUCUGGCCACAAGGUUCUGCUUCUGAGAAGGCAAAUGGCAGCGACAAGGAGUUGGAGCCGUGGAGUAAUUAUAUAGAUGUUGAAGAAGUUCGCAGAUCACCUUCAGUGUCAUGGUGGGAUAUGUGUCAGAUGACAAGCAAAGGGGUCAUCUUGGUGCGACCGGAUGAUCACGUUGCAUGGACUGCCGAAUCAGAUGCUGUUAAGGACCCUUUACUGGAAAUGGAAAGAGUAUUUACUAUAAUAUUGAAGAGGGAGUAGAACUUGCAUGUAAAUCAUCGGUUUAUAUAUACUUGGCUCUUUGCCUUGUCAUUGGAAGGUCUACAUAAACAUCUGAUCAGAACCACCUUGGAAAAUAUGGUUGGUUGCCGGUAUAAUGUCGGAACAUCACCGGUUUUUAUUGUACAUGUGCUCUCGGAAGAGAGGCUUCAACAACUACAGGUUUUUUUCUGUGUUUAUUUCUUGCCAUUGUUUCACCAAUUGUAUCCCAAUAAUAUCUCUAUUUAUUCUCAAGAGAUCUUCUGUAUUUUAGAUUGUGUUAAAAGCAUUGCUAAAAUCGUGAUAUGCUCUGACAACGUUUUAGAUGAAUGAUGUUCAGAUUA